UUUAGGUGACAUAGUGAAAUCUUCAUCAAAAUAUAAAAACACAAAUAUAAAACUGAAAAAGAAAACCUAACCUUUUUUUUGUCAGUACAUAACUUCUUAAUUGGAAGUUUAAAAUAUAAAACAUAAUCUAAAAAUAUAAUUAAAAACUAGAAAAGCAAAAGUAAAAAGUUAUUUAUUGGUUCGACCGAUGGUUCAACCGGUACCGGGUUUCGGAUUUUACCGGGUUUUUGCGGAUUUUUGCGGGUUUUUAAAUAUUGGGCUUUUCACAAAACCCAAACCGGAUUUUUUCUGGGUCACCGGGUUUACCGGUUCAACCGCGGGUCCGGGUUGGGUUUCAAAACACUGCCUAAAAUAUUCAAAUAUCGUUAAUGAAACCUUUGCUUAUGUAUGAAACCCGUUCGGAGAAUCAAAUAUCAGAUCUAAAAGAUUUGUCUUAUGAUAUGCAGUUUUAUUCUCAUGUUUGUCACAGUAAGGGGGCUGGCUCAAGGUAUUUAUGGAUCCUUGGACAAAAGAAUUUUUAAUUUUUUUUACAUCCAUUUAUGGGCAGCAUAUAUUUUUGGGACCUUUAUCCCUAAUUAUUUUUAAAAAUUUGAACUCCUCUUUAACAUUAUUUUGGUUAAAAAAAUGUUUGGGCCCCGGAACCGACAUCCCUUUGCCCCAUACCCUAAGCCGGCCAAGCCCCCUUCUUGUCGACAAUCCAGCUGAAUCUUUGCAUACUAUGGCCGUGAUCUAAAUAGCUUUUUUCCUCAAUCCACUGUACAUGUGGACCAAAAACCUGAGCGUGUAAAUACAUGGGCCAUGUAUACAUAUGAGAGCAGAAAUGCACAGUUGGAAACAUAUGGAAGUAUGAAUCACCUGGAUCACAUUAUAUACUCAGACAUCAUAAAACAUCAUCAUUUCCCUAUUUGAAGUAAAAUUUCUCCACAUUUAAGACAAUGCUAGGCAAUGAAAGCUUCACUCUUUAAUUACCUUUAUAAAUACAGAAUACCCCAUUCCUCUGGUUUCCAUCUUAUGCUCUUGUGUAUCUAACAUUAAUAUUUUUUUUUUUGUUUCUUACACAUUCUUAUAUUUACUCGUUUGUCCGUGACUCUAUGGCAAUUUCAAACAAGCAUGUUUCUACAUUUAUAUUUUUCCUUGGAUUGGCUGUUUUGCAUGGAAUUCAGUAUACAGAAGAGAGACAUUUGAAAAUUACUUCGUUAGAGAUUGAGUCAACUUAUAUGAAUCCUGAGGCUGAGAAUUCUAGCAUUGUGGUCACAUAUACACGACGUAGUGUUCUUCAAAAGGCGGUCAUCACCCACCCCACAGACUUCAGGUCGACAAAUCCGGGCAACAGCCCAGGUGUUGGACAUUCUCAUGGACGACAUUGAUUUGGGUAUCAUAUCAUACGUCACAAUUUAUAUCAUAUAGAAAAUUAUAUGUAUUUUUCGUGUAAACUUGUCAUCUAAUUCUGAAGGGAUGUUUGGACAUCACUUUACCAUUUCAAUGUUUUGACAGUACUAUGAUAAUCAUGUCUUUGUCGUGGGUUUGCUCCACUGUCAUGUUUGUAAAAUUAUAUAAUGAAUAAAUCACUUUGAGAAGAAUAUAAAUUAAUGAAAAAUAUCUUGCUAAGCUGACUAUAAUACCUAAUUGUUCAAUGAAUUCAGUAAGUGUAAACCUCAAUGAAAAGCUUAGGGCAACCUCAACGGUAGAAAUGGUCAAUUGAGGAAGUGAAUAAUAAAAUAUUAUUACUUUUGUCUGUUUAAUUUUAAUUAUUUAGAUUUAAUUUUUAAACAAGAUUGGUGAGUUAUAAGCCCUGGGGUUAUAAGGGUGACAAGUGUUUCUAUAGUUUUAAGGUUCUUGUAACCUCAAAAAGAAGACACGGGAUGUUAAAACUUUUUUACCUCUCUUCUACUUUUUGAGUUUUAUAUUGGGUGUAGAUGCUUUCCACAACCACAAUUAUAUUUACAGUCAUAAAUCUAUGUUAAUCUUGAUUUCUAUUUUUUUUUUAAAGUUCACAGCUCUUUUUUAAAUCCACAACACUUUUUAAAAUUCAUGUCUUUAUACUUGCUUUGAAAAGACAAAUACCUAUAGCCUAAGUUUAAAGACUUUUAAAAUUAAAAAUCUAGAGUCAAAACAAAACAUAUCACAGCAAUAUUUCUAUAGCAAAAAUAAAAUAAAAUCACAGCUCUUACCAAAUCAAAUCAUUGUUUUAUUUGUUUAGAUAUUUAUUACCGUUGGACAUGGCCUUACGAAGAAAAUACUUAACAUGAAAUAUGUAGUCACCACGUCUCGGGAAACUGUUGAAUAUUAUAUACCAAGUUACAGUGACAAGAAAAAAAUUAUAUACCAAGUCAUAUAAAAGCACCUUCUUUGAAGAUACCCAAUGAAUAUUUAACUAAUUACAAAAACUAAAAUAAAUAUAAUAAAUAAGAGAGAGGAGAGAAAAUAUGUUAAAUAUUCUUGAGAACUCUUUUUGCAUGUGUUGGCAUAUAGAUUAGAGGUUUGGAUUUGCUUUAGAUAAUAAAUUUUAAUCAAUCAAUUUAUUUAUAUUAAAAUAUUAAUAUUAUGAAAUUGAGAAAUUUUGUCGAUAAUGGUGCUCUAAGAAAAAGACUUAAAAGUACAAAAUUUUGAGAACAUUGCCAAGCAUGACCUAAAACUCAAUUUUAAAUAUAAAAGUAUAUCACAAAUUCAAUCAAAUGCUAAAGUAACUCAAAAAUCUAGUGAAAUUACAAUAAACCUCUUAUGACCAAACAAAAAACAUGUAUGCACUUUUAAGAAUAUAACCACAUGAAGUCUUGUGUGGUUUUGUAAGUCUUACAUUAUAAGAAUUUUCGAAAGGUUUUUUUUCAUAUAUUAGAUCUUAAAAAUAAUUUAUAAAUUAAAAAAAAAUAUUUUUAUGGAGAAAUUUUUGAAAUAAUGUAAUUAUAAACAUUUCUAAUGAUGAAUAUUUAGAUUUACUAAAUUGAUUUUUUUUUCAACAUACAUGAGUGAAUAUAGGUUGUAAGUCAUUAAUGUCUUUGGUUUAAGGUUUGGUAAAAUAUGUUGUAGUAUUGUUUAUAUUUUAGAGUUAGAUUUUAGAAGCUUAAUUUUUUUAAGAAAAUUCAAUUAGACAUUUAUGUGUUUAGUUUUGUAUAUAUUAACAAUUUUAUAACUCGAUCAUAUAUUUAAUGAAGUGUUUGUUGCUAUUUAGUUUUACUUCUAAUUAACAUGUAAUGCAGUAGAAAGAUUCUUGGUAAGUCUUCUCGGACGAAUAGUAAACUUAGGGUUUACAAGACUUUCAGGUAAUGAAAUUUUUAUCUCAUUAUAUAAAAACAUUUUAUAUAUUCUCUCUCUCUUCUUCUUAAAUGGCCGCAACAAAAAUGUAAUGUUUUUCACUUUGAAACUCUCCAACUUCUCUCCAAUUUCUUUGAACUAGAAAACACCAAAUUUUAUAUGAAUUUCUCUUUUUCUCUCAUGUCUUUCUCACUAAUUUAUCAUAUUUUUUGCAGGUUUUUCAUUACAUGGUUCUCAUAUUUCACUCAUUUAAUAAUCAUAUCAUAAAUCAGUUGUAACUUACAAUCCAAUUUUGAAUAUAUAUAUUUAUACUAUAGUGUAAAAACAAAAAAAAUAAAUGACGUAAUAUGUGAAACAAUCAUUUUAACCACACGAGAUCGUCCAUUUGUUCAAUAAAUAUUAUAUCUUUGUUACGCCCUCCAUACAUGCAAUAUAAUCAGAAUAUCUAUUUUAAUAUAUAUCUAUAUUAUUAAAAGUGAAGUAAGUAUUAGAAAUAUAUAUUUUCAUUCUAAUAACUACAGUGAUGAUUGGUUCGACUGUGACUUUAAAAAUUUAGCUGUAGAAGUUUAGAUGUGGAUAAAUUGGUUGUAGUUGUCAAGUUGUUACAAUAUACUUUUUCUCAAGAGACUUUUGCUGUAGUUGAAUUUGUUAGAGCUGUAAGCUAUAGGCUUUAGAUCUUUUUAAAAAAAAUAUGUGAAAUAUGUGUUGUAUAUAUAAAAUUAUUAUUUUUAUCAAUUAAAAUAAUUAAUAUUAAUAUAUUUUAUAUAUUAUCAAAGUUUAUUGUUAUUUAAAAUGUGAUAUGUAAAUAAUAUUUAUGUUAUUUAAAUAUUUUAAUAAUUUUAAAAAACACCCAAAAUCAAAAUUAAAAUAUUUAUAAAAGUUUAUAUUAUGAUUAUAUAGUUUAUCUGAUAUUAUAGAUAAUUGUUUUCAUUUUACAGAUUCAAUGCCUAAAAUACAUAUGAAAAAAAUUUGCCUUAUUUUUUUUUACUGUAGCUUUAAAAAUAAAGUUAAAGCAUGAUUGGUAAAAAUUAAUAAAAACUUGAUGUAUGCUUUAACUUUUAAAAAUAAUGCUACAACAGAACUGGUAAAAUUUAGUGAUUUAAAAGCAAAUAAAACUAAAGUAUGGAGAUAAAGCCCAACCAAUCACCUUAAUUAAUUAAUAACUAUUAAUUAAUUGACCACAAAUCAUUUAUUUUGUUAGAUUUUUCUCUAUCCUAACUUCAAACUUAAUUAAUUAACUACAAAUCAUUUCUUUUGUUAAAUUAUUUUCUAACCAAAAGUACGAAACUUACGAUUAUUUUCUAACAGGAUUAUUCUCUAACCAAAUUUUACAGUAAAACUAAACAAAUUUAUUUAAAAUGUAUCUACAAACUUUAAAUUUUAUAUAUUCAUGUAGAUCAUUAUUCUAUUUUAUAUACAAAAUAUAAACUAUAGAUAUUUUUAUUAAAAUAUAUAAAUUUAUUUUUAAAAUAUAUAUUAAAUAAUGUGAUGAUUAAUAUAAUUCACACAUAUAAAUUUGAAUUAUAAGAAUACAACAAAUAAAUUUCAGUUUAAUAGUUUCUCAAAAAAUAAAAAUAGAAGUGAAAUUUAUUUGGCAUAUACAAAAAUUUUAUAGACAUAUAUAUCUAUUUUAUUAAAACAUGAUACAUUUAAUUUUGAAAAUAUAGAUUUAUUAAUAUAUAAAAACAUAAUAAUUGGUACUCUAAUUUAGAAAUAAAUACAUCAAAAUGAUUACUAUAGUCAAAAAUAUAAAUUGACAAAUAUGUUACAUAAUAUAUUUUUGAUUGGUUUUGUAUUCUACCACAAUAUUGAGAAAUCAUCAAAUUACACAGAAUAAAAAUAGUCCAUUUAUCAUAAUUACAAAUCGAACAAAUACCCAUAUGAAUGUAUGUUUGUACAACCAUUAUAUUUUUGUAUUGUAAAAAAAAAAUUAUAUGUUUAUUUUAUUAAAUUAAACACACGUGCAUCUGCACGGUCAAGCUCCAGUAUAUAUAUAUGUGAGGAAUCAGAAGCGGCUCUGUACUUGAAAACGAUGGAAUUUUUAUGAUCAUGUUGGUUAUUAGACUUCAAGCAUCCUAAAGCAUUAAUAACUUCCUUCCCCAAAAAUGAAAAAUGUAUUGAAGGCAUUUUGAUGUGAAAAACAAGGGUUAGGUCUUGAUUAUAUCGUAGAAAUCAAUGAAACCGUGGAAGCAGCGGAUGAUAUGUAGCUACAAAAAAGGAAAAUAGCAAGAGAGAGUUCAGAGAGCGAGCUAGCUGAUUUCUGAUAGAAAGAAAUGAGGAGAGGGCUAUCAAUAUAUAUAGAAAAGCCAAAAAGACUUUCGAGAAAAGCAUCUUAUUAGGUAUACAAGACCUAUCUUCAUUAUUAGACUUAGAAAACAUUCAGUCUUCCAAGGAGUGUGAUGGCUGAGUUUCCUUGGAAAUCGGCACGUGGUGUACUACUUGAGAAUUGACUUGCUCCAAUUUUAUAAAAAAUUAGAUCGAGACAAACGAUGUAAACUAGGUUAAAUCCAAGAGAAAAAAAAGAAAAAAAAAUCUCAUUGUAUCAUGGAACCUAUUUUUUACAUAAAUACAAUAUUGAAGUUAAAUCCCUUAUCUGAUAGCCAAGAUUGCAGUGUACUUUGUAAUUUCUCGUGCUCCACUUAAUCUUCCGACUUUGAGGACUCUCAUUGUUAUCUAGGUUCUGAGAAAAUUGCAAGACAUCACCUUUAGAGUCAAUGAAGUGAUUUACUCAUUUUACCUCUCUCCGUUAACUGCCAGAGACAAUAUAUACUAUUUUCACCCGAAGGAAGACUCUCCCAUCAUUGAAGAGGUCCCAAAGGAGGAAAUAAAAAGAGUAGGUUCCGACGAGAACUGGAAUUGUAGAUAUGUCUAAUUGAAUGUCGGGCCAUUCUGGUUUCCUCUCUUCUUGGAGUCUUGCUGGUAGGUUUAUGAUGCUGCUAACAUUUAGUGAUUAGGAUAACUCCUAUAUGAUCCCUUUGUUUUGGCUUUGCAGACUUCUCUCAUCAUGUUGUUGGUGCAUGAGAAGAAUCGUCUCUUAAGGCAAUCUGUUUCUUCUCUGACAGAGCAAUGUCUCAUUUCUUAUUAGUAAGGAUUCUUUAGAGAAUAGUUGUGUUUGGGGGUCUGUUUGAUAUCCCAUGUUUAUUUGUAAGCCUAAGAUUGUAUAAGAACUCAAUAUAAAGAAACUCUUCUUUAUUAUCUUAAAAAACUUCCUCAAAACUUAAGUGCUCAAUCACAAUCUCUAAAACUCUUAUGUGAACACUCUUGCAUAUACUUUAUAUAGAGAUUAAUGUUUCCAUAUUUCCUAAACUCUUAGGAACUAACUUUCCUAAACCCUUAGGAACUAACUUUCCUAAACACAUUAGGAUUAGUGUAACUUCUUCUUUAAGUUAACUUCAUGUUUAUCUCCAACAUUCUCCCCUUUAAACUUGAAGUUAGCUUCAUCAAUGUCUUGAACUCCCACAACAUCUUUCAUUUCCUUGAACUUGAUUCUUUCCAAACCUUUAGUUAGAAUAUUUGUCUUUUGUUCAGCUCCAUGUUGGACGUCGACUUGCUCGUUCUCGAUGCAUUCUCGGAUAAAGUGAUAACGCUUGUGUAUAUGCUUGCUGCGACCAUGAAAGACGGGAUUCUUUGUGAGUGCUAUGGCUGAUUUUUUGUCAAGCCAUAUCACCACUCUUUCAUUCGGUUUUUCAGUAACGUCUUCCAAGAGUUUUUGAAGCCAUAUUGCUUACUUUGCAGCUUCGGUUGCAGCCAUAAACUCAGCCUCACAUGAUGACAAUGCCACAGUCACUUGCUUUUGAGAACACCAAGUGAUUGGGCAAUCAUUCAGGUAAAAUAUG